GAUUACAGGGUCAGUUGUCCCGCCUUAGCAGUCGGACAGUCGCGUGUGAUAUCCUUCGAACUGUUGAGUGAUACAAAUGACUAAACUUUCACGUGGUAUUUUCGUUGUGCUAGAAGGAGCAGAUCGAGUGGGCAAAACAACACAAGCAUCACUUUUAGCUAAAGCUUUAUCAGAUAUUACACAAAAGGAAACACUAAGUGUUAAAUUCCCUGAUCGUGAUACGCCUCUAGGAAACCAUUUGAGCGCAUAUCUAAAUGGAACUGGUGAUAUUAAUAAUCAUGCAUUACAUCUACUCUUCACUGCGAACAGAUGGGAAAGGCAGUCUGAUAUUCGUCAAGCUAUAUCUGAUGGGAUCCCUGUUGUAGCGGAUAGAUAUAUAUAUUCAGGUAUUGCAUAUACCGCUGCUAAACCACAUUCAACACCGAAUUGGGAAUGGUGUUGUAAAAUGGAAAAAGGUCUUGUAGCACCUGAUUUAGUGAUAUGCUUAACUCCGGAGAAUUUAGACGAUUUAAAUUCAAGAAAUGGAUAUGGUAUUGAACGUUACGAAGAAGAUGAUUUUCAAAAACGUGUUCUUGAGAAUUAUAUACGUAUUUCAAAAGAAGUCCAACUAGAGAAUAGUGAUUUAGAGAAUAAUAAUGAUGAUGAUAAUGAAAGUAAUCCAAUUGGCUUCUGGCAUUUUAUACAAGCAACAAAUAAGUCGAUUGAUGAAGUUCAUCAGUGUAUUAUGGCACUUGUAAAGUUGAAAUUAGAAAGUAUGAGUGGUCCAGAGAUUCAUGAUUGUACAAAAAAGACUAAUUGACAUAAGUAACAUUUUCUUCUAAAACCUGGAAUUUCUGAACAAACUGCUUCUUUUCAACAAUAUUUAUUUAUAUGCUAAUUAAUAUCGUCUACAGUUCUGUCUGUCUUAUUGAUU